UCUACUUUACAAUUUACAAGGAGCGCGCUGACAGUACAGUACAGUAAGUUAUUGUUAUACAUUAUGAUCACACAUACUUAAAUGACGAGAUUCAAGGCGCCCCAGCAAGCCCAUUUUCGCCACCAGGAGUUAAAAAUAACCAGACGAUGCCUCCUCAAAUUACGUAUCAACAUGGCGUAUACAUACAUAUAAUAUACAUUAGUCUAUUCUUUCAACACGAUGACAAAUCCUAAUCCAGCUCUACAUUUGUCGCCAACAAUGACUAACAGACGAAGUUUUACAGCCGACCCGCACACAGUCCAGAAAGAAAGACUGGACAACAUAGAGAUGUGUAAACUAUUCAAUGCCGAAAACUCGCGCAAGUCCUCUACUUCCAAGCCAAUGCUCCACGAGAAAAUACCCUUUAACCCAAGGCCAAAAAGGGCUAUACUUCCACUAAACGAUCUAGCUGUCUAUGGUCUGAAUAUAGAUGAAGCGAGAAGAGUGGAGAGUAUCGUUGAGAACCUGUAUGAUGAGGAGCCAGAACCUCUCGAAUAUAGGAAGUUGAAUCUAGAAACAGUUUCCAAGGUUGAGCCGCCCGGUGCUGCCUCCAACUCGACGGGUCGUCGGUUCGACUUCGCCCCGGCCUCCAUUGCAGGGCCCGAUAAACCACCAGUAUCUGAACCUGGACAGCCUAGCAGACCUGGUAGCCCAGCGGUCUACUCGUACCAGCCCUGGCCCAAGAAGUGGAAGCAUGGGAUCCUACCGUACUUUAUAGAGCCGAAGACUUAUGAUGCAACACUGGUGGAGAGGAUAACAACAGCUUUCGACAAGUUUGAGAAGAGUACGUGCAUCCGUCUGCAGCGGCUGCGGAAGCGGCCCACGGACCCCCGCUCCAUGCUGGGAGUCGAGUGGCUCUACAUCCACAACCCCUUCGGCCUGCGCCAGUGCGUCCACAGCAAUGAGGUCUUGAAGAACAAGGGCUUACAGGUGGUGGUGUUCGGCUACGACUGCAUGAGUGACGGCGACAUCGCGCACGAGCUGAUGCACGUGCUGGGCUUCUCCCACGAGCACACGCGGCCAGACCGCGGCCAGCACAUCUCUGUGCUGUGGGACAAUAUCAAACCUGGUUACAAGAAAUACUUCGAGUCGCGAGCCGAGGAUCCGCUGAUGAACCUGCCGUACGACUUCUCCAGCGUCAUGCAUUACCCGCCGCGGGCGUUCUCGAGGAACGGACAGAGGACCAUCAACACCAAGCCAGGAGUAAUGAUCGGGCAACGGGACGGGCUAAGUGAGACAGAUAUAGCCAAAGUGAGCAUGGUGUUUGGCUCUGAAUGUGCUGAGAGGAACCGGGUGUAUCUGAUCAGCACGUGCCCCAGUGUGGUGCGCAGUGCGGUCGCGCCGCCGCCGGCGGUCCCUUCCGAAUGCGACAUUAAAGGCUAUUUCAAAGACAGACUGUGGCCCUUUGGGACUAUCACUUACAAGUUCCAGUCGCAUGAUGAUUUUACUCAUGAUGAACUAGACAACAUCCGAUCCGUAAUGAGGCACAUUAAUCAAGAGACAUGCGUGCAAUUCAUCGAAAUGGGACCUGAAGGAAUACCCAUGUCAACAGCUAAACUUAAUGGGACAAUGGACAAGAAUUCCGAAACAGUUGGAGCUGAACCACUAGAUAAAGAUAAAUUGGAGCAUAGCAAACCGCUGUACAUGGUGGAUGAUAAUGAAAUAGACGGUGUUGAUGCAAAUGACACUCGUCGACGAGUGCGAAGGAAGGCUGACGGAGAAUGUAAACAUGAGGCUCGUAGCGGUAUCUCUGGGCGGCGCCAUAGUUCAGGGUAUCUGACUUUUAAAAAAACACAAAAUCGAGCAUGCAAAUGUCCGAGUUCUAAGUGGCCUUCUGGAGAAAAAAUAAUCGAGAUCGACGUAGACUGCUUCAGCUCGGCGAGCGACCUCCUGCACCUGUUCGGACACAUCCUGGGGCUGGACCAUCAGCACUUGCAACACGACAGAGACUCGUUCAUACACAUCGACUGGGCCCAACUAUCAACUAGAUCAGGUCUCUACAAAGAGCUGAAGCAAGUGCUGCCCCCGGAGGCAUCGGCGGGGUUCCCCUACGACUAUGACAGCGUCAUGCACUACCCCUGGCUGCAGAUACUGGACGGCACCACCAACAUCAUGUACCCGGUUUGGAACGACGGCUGGUCCAUGGGCAAUGCGCAGGGCCUCAGCUCCACCGAUGUGGACAAGAUCAACAAGAUCUACCAAGGACAGUGUGCCGACAGGGAGGCAGCAACACGACCUGACACAAGCAAAGAAAGCGACGAAGCAGAAUAGUCCAGCACUGCUAGGGCAUAUUGGAGAGAUUUUAUAAAUAAAGUAGGUAGCUUAGUUAUGUAGGCACUGUAUGUGAGGUUUUUACGUGUAUACAAUGUACA